AUGCACGAAAUAUUGGCAAGCGAUAGUGAAGGAUCAAGUAUCACAUCAUCAAAUUCAUUGAUAUUCAAACAACUACAAUUCAAUUAUCUCAUUGGCUUUGCACUUGCAGCAGCUGGUAACAGUUUACAAAGUUCCUAUCGAUAUGCUAUUUUCGAUACAUAUGGUCUUGGACGAACAACAAUUGAACGAAUUUUUCUUUGUGCUCAUAUUGCAACUUUAACUCUGGGUACACUUACUUCAUCGCUUUCUGAUAAAUAUGGGCGUCGAACAGCAUGUAUUUUAUCCGCUAUAUUCUAUACGAUCAGUUGUCUUUCACUUAAUAUCAAUGUAGUAUGGAUUUUUUACAUCGGAAGUGCAGCUCGUGGUAUAGCUCAUUCAUUAUACAAUACAAAUUUUGAAGCAUGGCUCGUUCAAGAUCACCAUAACAGUGGUUUAAGUACUGACUCACUUAAACAGAUACUACGAAAUUCAUUUGUUGUACAAUCAGUCAUUGCUAUAGCAGUAGGCUUUGUUUGUGAAUACUCAGCCGAUCUACUUGGAUAUGUAGCUCCAUUUGAUAUUGCUGUUGUCAUAUAUGUAUGCAUGACAAUUUUUAUAUUAACACGAUGGACAGAAAAUUAUGGUGAUAAAGAAGCAUCAAGUACAACUUCAUUUAUUCAUGCUAUUCAGAUACUUCGAGAUGAUUUUCGUAUUGUAUUGGUUGGAUUAAUUACAGCAUUUUUCGAAGUCACAAUCUAUGUCUAUGCAAUUGAAUGGACACCUGCAUUAGAACGUGCACACAUAUGGGCUAUCCGUGAACCAUUACCAUUAGGCAUAAUAUAUUCAUCUUUUAUGUUUUUUAAUAUGCUUGGUACAAUAGUUUUUAAACCAUUAGCUAAACGAUUUCGUGUACAAUCAUUUCUGCCAGUAGUUAUUAUGGUAACUGUAUUUUCAUUCUGUAUGUUAGUCAUUGUUCCAAAUGUUCAACCGAUAGUUCUUGGUAGUUUUUGUCUAUAUGAAUUUUGUGUGGGUAUUUAUUUGCCAUCUAUAAGUGUAUUAAGAAGUCAAUAUUUGCCAGAUUCGGUUCGAGCAACAUUAAUGAACUAUUUUCGUGUACCUCGAGUUGCGUUAAUGUUUAUAGUUAUGAUUUGGCAUCUUCCACUUGUAGUUAUAUUUACUUUCUGUGGUUUAAUGUCAGUUUUGACAUUUGUGUGUUUAUUGAUAUUACGCAGUAUGAAACCACUAGAAGAAUAUGUCGAGCCAAGUGAGAAAGUUGUUUUAUUACCUGAAACACCAUCGUAUGAUCUUAAACUGAAACAACUUCAGCCAACAUCAGAAUAUUCUGAUGGAAUCGAUAAUAAAAGUACAUCACUAAAUAUAGACAAUGAAUAA